AUGGCUGAGAAAGGGUGCGUUGGAAGUUUCAAACUCUUCCUUCCAACUCCAGCCUUAAAAAUGAUUCGAUUUAAACUAGAACUCAGCCCCUGCCGUUUGGAAAUCAACAGGAAGAUGCGAACUUUUCACCACCGAAGGCAUUUCAUGCCCCAAUACGAUACGGGGGGAGGGGGCAGCCCCCCAACCUCCCGGCCCCCUCCCUCCAUGUCCAAGGAGGAGCUGCCCCCCAUGGCCCUGCGGGCCCUGAAUUUGGGGUACCCACCGAGGCCGGGCCGGGAGGAAGAAGAAGAAGAAGAAGAGCUGUGCGCCCUGGGCACCAGGAGUGGUGCCAAGAGGAAGAGGAGCCGUGCCAGCCCGGGGGGCGUGGGGAGGAAGCCCCCCAUGCCCAAGCCCGCUCCGGGGGAGGGGAAACAGUCGCAGAGGAACGCUGCCAACGCCCGGGAGAGGGCCAGGAUGAGGGUGCUCAGCAAAGCGUUCUCCAGGCUGAAGACCAGCCUGCCCUGGGUGCCCGCGGACACCAAGCUCUCCAAACUGGACACCCUGCGCCUGGCAGCCAGCUACAUCGCCCACCUCCGCCAGCUCCUGCAGGACUCCCCCUUCGACGCCGGCUACGUGCACCCCGUCAACCUGACCUGGCCGUUCGUGGUGUCCGGGAGACCCGAGCAGGACUCCAAGGACGUCCCUGCCUCCACUCGACUCUGCGGAACGAGGGCUUAGCCCCCAGGCCCGGCCUCGUCGGGUGGUCCGCCUGCUCCCCACGUCCCCCUGGGGGGACCCAGGACUCCCCCAGGGCGCACGGAUUUGCCGAUAUAUUGACAGCAAGGAGAGCCCAGACUCCGGACUGAUGGAGAGCAGGAGUGACGGGGGGUCAGAGGUCGCAGGGCCGUGACCCUCGAGCCCUCUCGUCCCCCCGGUCCAGCCCCACGUGGAGAAGUGGGAUCCAUG